UAGAAAUGGUAUCGAAAAGUUUACGUCAUUCGCUUCUAGGCUAAACGAUCUUUAGAUCGCGUGCGAUCUUAAUGCACUUCAAUAUCUACAAUAUUUGUUAUAAUAGCUUAUCAUAUCUUAAUUAUUCUCUUCGUGGCCAAAUCGAGAGACGCACAAGAUUCAAGGGUGAAGUGGCUAUGUUGGACUGUUUUUACGGUCACCCACGAUCGUAUGAUCUCCAUAAGAGUUCAGAAUUAUCUGGUCUUGUAUUUAAUCAUCCACAGAUUUGUGGAUCAAUGUACAAUUUAAACCCUAGAUUAGCAGUACCUAGAUAUGGGAAAUAACUUCAUCCAGCCAUUCUGAGACCAACUUCAAACAGCUAGCCUGGGAAAGUUUUCCAUCACAAAUCAAGAAAAGUCGCAUACCAAGGACGAGGAUAGCAACCAUGGUCGAUACGAAGUUGUUUGUGGUGGUGCUUUGUUGCUGUGCUGCAGCCACAGUGGUGGCAACACCGCUGGACGACUAUGUCAACAUGGCGGACCCUCAUUACAAGUAUGAAGUCCUGAGCGAGCAUAAGGUGCAUGGGGAAUACAUCGCUUAUGUUCUCAACAUGACCUCACAGAAAUGGCUCACAUAUAAUGAUUCUGAUUCAGCUAUAUGGUGGCAUUACUUGACAAUCACGAUACCAGACGAGCUAACCCAUCCUGAAUAUGCUGCUAUCUAUGUGACUGGAGGAUCUAACCAUGAUGGUCCCCCAGAUCCACUCAAGGAUGCAGAGACUUUAUUUACCUCCCUGAUGGCGGUUGGUUCCGGAUGUGUGAGUGCUAUUCUUCGGCAGAUUCCAAAUCAACCCAUUGUCUUUAAGACGGAUCCACUGCAGAAAAGGCGAUCUGAAGACGCCAUCAUUGCCUUUACGUGGCGCCAUUUCAUAGAGAAUGGGACAGAUGAGCCUUAUUGGCUUCUGAGAAUGCCAAUGACAAAGGCAGUUGUUCGUGCAAUGGAUACUAUUACCGAUCAUGUACUAAAGGUACGCGGGGAAAAAGUGUCCAAAUUCGUCAUCGCAGGAGCAUCUAAGAGAGGCUGGACCACGUGGACUACUGGUGCAGUUGAUAAACGUGUUGUUGGAAUAGCACCAAUGGUUCUAGACCUUCUCAACAUGGUAAAGAAUCUACAUCAUAUGUAUCGAUCCUUAGGAGGUUGGACCUUUGCCUUUGAGGAUUACUACACUGAGAAUGUCACCCUUUAUCUCGAUGACCCCAAUACACAAAAGAUGGCUGACAUCGUUGAUCCACUUGCCUAUAAAGAUCGAUUAACAAUGCCGAAGCUUAUCAUUACUGCUGGGUCAGACGAGUUCUUUCUACCAGAUGAUUCUUACUACUAUUUCGACCUGAUUCCAGAACCAAAGUUUCUCAGAAUAACCCCUAAUGGUGAGCACUCUCUUACUCUUCAUCAUGUUGAACUGGUGACUGUAAUGACAGCAUUCAUGAGAACAAUCACUGAGCCCACUGACUGGACUCAACCUAAAAUGACAUGGAAAAGAUAUGAGAACAGCACACAUGGCAUCAUUGAACUGAUCUCUGACCCUCCACCAUUCAGGAUUGAAGUCUGGCGUACUCUGACUAACAGAGGAAAAAGACGAGAUUUCCGUCUGGCCGUUGCUAAAACCGAGGGAUCAUCCGAAAUCUAUCCUCAUCUUAUCAUCUAUAAGAACUUUCCUGCGAGAAACCCGUCCCGAGGGAAAUACAUCGCUGAGUUCCUAACUCCUGAAACUGGAUGGCAGUGUUUCUUCAUUAAGGCCUUCUACUAUGCACCAGGAGGAGCCAUCAUAAGUUUUACUACGGAAGCCAACAUCACUCCAUCACAGAAGUUCGCCGUUCCUGAUUGUCAUGGAACAGAGUGUAGAGGGACUCUCGUCUGAUGGGUGUUCCUAAACCCCCUCCCUUCUUCUCUUUUUUUUACCAUGUUACGUAUUUCCGAUACCUUUAGUUCUUCCCUCAUUUUUUUUUUCUUUUGAUUUGCUAUAAAUGACAGUAUCACAAGCUAAUAAAACUGAAAUAUUAGAUUGAAGUGCAAAACCUCUUACUCUCAUUUUUAAUUCCCCUCCUCCCCUGCGUUUUCUCUCUCUCUCUCUCGCCCAUGGUCGAAUACCCCUCUCUCCCCCGUCUCUCCCUCCCCUCUCUC